AUGCUCUCAGCUGAAGCUUUAAAACAAGUCUCUUGCACAAAGUUCCCAUCGAGGAGAGCAGUUUCAGCUUUCAAGAAACAGCAAUCCAAACUCAGAAGCUUUCUCCAGGAAGUCUACUACAUUGGAACCAAGGAUGAGACAGAGGAAAUUGAUCCGGUCCUACUUGACACGAAGGAUCUUGAUCUCCCAACAAAGGCAUUGGAAUUGAAAAGGGUUUUCGGGACAGUGCAGAUACAAGUGAAAAAUGGUGCGACGACCACAGGCUUUUUGGCACUGAAUCCACAAGUUAAAGGAAUAAGUGGCGAAUACUAUGUGGACUGUAACAUUGCCAAACCGCACCCCAAGGCAAACGAUGCAGAUUUGGCCAAGAGACUCUGGGAAUUUAGCUUGAGUUUGACCAACCUCAAGUAG